AUGCAUCCUACUCCAGCUACACUUCCCAAUGGUUUGGCCAGAUGGACAAUGAUGCCAUGGCCUAGGCUUCCCAUACCAUUUCCAAUUGACAACAUUCAAACUCACAAUGUAAGUUUGUGUUGUGACAUUAAAGAACUAGAUUUGAGCAACCAAAGAGGUCAAAGCCUUUUGUGUGGAGCAAGAAGGCAAGUUAGAUACCAAGACGAAGAUGAAGAUAGAGAUGAUGAUGAGUAUGGAUACAAUGAAGAAAUUUCAAAGUUGGAAUUCUACAGUCAAUCAGCAAGAGGAGAAGCACUUAUUGUUCAUGCACUUGUGGACCAAAAUGAAGUAGAGGUGCUUAUCUUUAAGGGGUUUUCUUCAUCCUUAAGCUAUAGUACUUCCCCUGACCCAACAAGAAGCAUUCUUCCAGCCAGAGCAGUGAUAAAGUCUAUAGAUAGAAUCAAAGGGCCUUUUGACCCUGCCAAUAUAGAGUAUCUGCAGAAGGAUGUACCAUGGGAAGAAUUCAAGACAAAUCUUUCUAAUUAA